AUCCGCAAGUAGAUUUGUUUCAAACCUUCCUGGGGACUAAGUGAGCGUACGUGUUGGUUUGAAAGGCAGAAGUCAUGAUUAAGAAAAUGUCUCCGUCCGAACAUGAUUUUAAUAUCCCAGCUAAGAACUGCUACCGCAUGGUCGUGCUCGGAUCCACCAAAGUGGGCAAGACGGCGAUCAUCUCUCGCUUCUUGAACGAGCGGUUUGAUGAUCAGUACACGCCGACCAUCGAGGACUUCCACCGAAAGUUCUAUAGCAUCCGAGGAGAUGUCUAUCAGUUGGACAUCCUGGAUACGUCUGGAAACCACCCCUUUCCUGCCAUGAGGAGACUCUCCAUCCUGACAGGUGAUGUUUUCAUCCUGGUGUUCAGCUUGGACAAUCGUGCGUCUUUCCAGGAGGUGCAGCGACUCAAGAGGCAGAUCUUCGAGACCAAGUCAUGUCUAAAGACCAAGACGAAAGAGAGCACUGAUGUGCCAGUGGUUAUCUGUGGCAACAAGUGCGAUCGUGAGUUCACUCGCGAGGUUUCAGAUGACGAGAUCGAGCGACUGGUGGAGGGGGAACAGCGCUGUGCCUACUUUGAGGUAUCAGCCAAGCGCAACACCAACGUGGACGUCAUGUUUCACGCUCUCUUUGCCAUGGCCAAACUACCCGACGAGAUGAGCCCCGACCGGCACCGCAAGAUCUCACUGCAAUGUGGUGAUGUGCUGCACAGAAAAUCACUGCGCAAUCGCAAAUUCAAGGACGGCGGUGACGCAUACGGCAUCGUGGCUCCUUUCGCAAGGCGACCAAGUGUGCACAGCGAUCUCAUGUACAUUAAGGAGAAAGCCUUACACCAAGGCACAAAGGAUCGCUGUGUCAUUUGCUAAAAAGACUAAUUGGAUUCUGAAUGUCGUCUUAAAAACACCAGGGCGGUGCAGGGCGGUCUCGCUUAACAGAACGGCGAAAGCACGGGCCACUUUGGGUUUUAUCAGAUUCGUGAGACACGAACUUUCAGGGUUUGAUCAUGUGGAAGUGGAGCAAGCAAACAAGUUGGAGAUGCUUCACAAACCUGCAAGCGUUUUGCCGACAAGACGUUACCGACGUUACCGACGUCACCGACGUUACCGACGAGUUUGCUCUGACACUUGAUCACUUGUUUACAGUCUGCUAGAAUAUUUUUAAAGAACGCAAUGAACAUGAAUGUCUGCGGCAUUGUGAACAAACUAAAUGAAUGUAUAUUUAUUCUUCUAUGUCAAUGUUUACUUUUGUUACA